AUGCUCUCUCUCCCUUGCAGGCGGAGGUGGCACCAUGCAGCAGGAGGGGGAGAAGAGUCGGGCCCGGCCCAGGAAGCCCGACAUGGCCCUCUACGUGCCCAAAGCACGACGGGAGAUGGCAGCCCAAGGAGUGGGCGCGGCCAGCGCUGCGUGGGCGAUGGGGAGCCGGAGGGAGGAGGAAAACCGCCGCGUGCUGCAGAAGGAGGGUGCCAAAGGCUGCUGCGAGAGGCAGAGCCCCAGCGCUGGAGCCCGCGAGCACGUGGCCAGAGAGGGGAGGAGGUCAGAGGGGAAAACAAGGAAGCGCAACAGCAAACGGGGCAGCGCUCCAGGGCAGCCCGAAGGAGCCUCUGCCCAGGGCUGGGAUCAGCGCGUCACACUCCACCAAAACCAUCUGGCCCCAGAGGAGCAGCCGUGUGGGCGGCUGGAAACAAACCUCCACAGUGAUCAGCCCAGCCCCCAGGAGUCCCGCCUGGGUCAGGCUCCUGCUCGGCCAGGGGGUAGUGAGGAGCAGGUGUCCAGCAAGCCAGGGCUCAGGGAGCUAAGCCCCAGGUGCUGGGAUUCAAAGACAGGUCCUGGAACUUGUUCCCAUCUGUCGGAGGAAACAUCUAGUCCCCUGCUUGUGCCACCCUGGGGAGGGGAAGAGCACGCACAGGAGCAGAGGCGUGGGGGCCCACUGGCCCGGCUAGGCACUUCCUCUCAACCUAGGAAUGAGAGCAGGGAUGAAACAUCAGAGCAGGCAGGGGGGAGCACAGGUAGCGCAUCCGAAUGUGCAGGCAAGAGCAUUCAAGCUCUGAGCGGGGAGAGCGCAGGAAGCGCGUGUGAGCUCAGAGGGGAGGGGGCCACAGAUCCGAGCGGGAAGAGCACAGGAACCGUGUGUGAGCUCAGAGGGGAGGGUGCCGCAGAUCUGAGCGGGGAGAGCGCAGGAAGCGCGUGCGAGCUCAGUGGGAAGGGUGCCGCAGAUUCGAGCCGGGAGAGUGCAGGAAGCGCGUGCGAGCUCAGCGGGAAGGGUGCCGCAGAUCCGAGCCAGGAGAGUGCAGGAGGUGCGUGCGAGCUCAGAGGGGAGGGCGCCACAGAUCCGAGCGGGGAGAGCGCAGGAAGCGCGUGCCAGCUCAGAGGGGAGGGCGCCACAGAUCCGAGCGGGGAGAGCGCAGGAAGUGUGUGCGAGCUUACAGGGGAGGGCGCCGCAGAUCCGAGCGGGGAGAGCGCAGGAAGCGCGUGCCAGCUCAGUGGGGAGGGCGCCGCAGAUCCGAGCGGGGAGAGCGCAGGAAGAGGGCAGGCAGCGUGUCUGACAGCGAGAGGGGGAGCGCUGCUGCUGCUCUAG